AUGAUAAACGAGGAUGAAAAGGUUGAAACUGUCACGUUGGAGCACCAGAGCUCCGAUGGUGCUAGAGAUAUUGAACUAGCGAAGCAAGCAGCCGAGGCCGAUCAUAGCCUUAGUUUCACGGAAGCCAUUCGCAAGUAUCCCAAGGCAGUUAUGUGGUCGGUUCUGUUGUCAACUUCUAUUAUCAUGGAAGGCUACGAUAUCGUCCUCCUCUCUUCUUUCUUCGCGCAGCCAUCCUUUAUGAAACGAUACGGCGAGUUCGACCCCAAGUCCAAGACGUAUCAGAUCUCCGCGUCGUGGCAGAGUGGCCUCAACAAUGCGGUUAGCAUUGGUACAAUAUUUGGUGCCUUUGCCAAUGGUUACUUCUCACACAAAUUCGGCUAUCGCAAAGUCCUCUUGGUGUCUCUACUUCUCAUUGUAGGAUUUGUGUUCAUCACCUUCUUUGCUCCCAAUCUUGGAGUUUUGUUGGUUGGAGAGCUAUUGUGCGGCAUCCCAUGGGGAGUUUUUGCAGCAAUGGCCCCUGCGUAUGCAUCAGAAAUUUGCCCAAUGGCUCUCCGUGGCUAUUUGACCGUUUAUGUUAGCCUAUGCUGGGCUUUUGGUCAGCUCAUAUCAGCCGGGGUACAGGCCGGGUUUGAGAAAAAUACAACAGAAUGGGCUUAUAGGGUCCCCUUUGCGAUCCAAUGGGCUUGGCCCAUUCCACUAUUCUUCAUUCUUUGGUUUACCCCAGAAUCACCAUGGUUCUUUGUCCGUCAAGGCUUCUUUAGCGAUGCGGAAAAGACCAUCAUUCGCCUCGGUGCAGAUAGGGAUACAGCUAAGCAAAUCUUGGCUAUGAUGAUCCAUACAAACGAACUAGAAGUGUCAAUUAAUAAGGGCACAUCUUAUUUGGACUGUUUUCGCGGCAUCGAUCGCUAUCGGACAGAGAUUGGAUGCCUGGUUUUUGCUGCUCUGCCGUUUUGUGGGUUACCAAUGGCAGCGACUCCGACUUAUUUUUUUAUCCAAAUUGGACUGCCGACGUCAAUAGCGUUCCAAAUAUCUCUCGGCGGGCGGGGACUCGCAUCUCUGGGACCGAUAAUCUCAUGGUUCCUGAUACCCCAUUUUGGAAGGCGAACAAUGUAUCUUUGGGGCUUAGGCAUGCUGGCUGCGAUAUUGCUUAUCAUCGGAUUCAUCAAUAUUGGAGCUGCUGACUCUGUUGGGGGCUCUUACGCCCAAGCGAGUAUGAUCAUACUAUGGCAGUUCGUCUUCUACGUUACUGUUGUCCCCAUGUGCUACGCAAUUAUUGGCGAUGUAUCUUCGACUCGUCUCCGAAAUAAAAGUGUCUGCCUCGGCCGAAUCGCGCUUUAUAUCGCCCAGAUUGUGUGCAACGUUGCUAACCCGUAUAUGCUAAGCCCUACUGCAGGAAACUGGCGUGGAAAAGCCGGCUUCUUCUGGGGGUUCUGGGCCCUUGUCUUUUUCGUUUGGGGCUGGUUCAGGCUUCCCGAAACCAAAGGCAAAACUUUUGAAGAGAUGGAUAUUCUUUUUGCAUCUGGCGUCAAAGCUAGGGACUUUGCAAAUUAUGAAGUGAACGCUUAUGUUGACGGAGACAAUACUUUAACUAAUACAAAAAAAUGA